UGCCCACGUACCAGAAGCCUGCCCUUUAACAUACAGUCCACCUAGCCCCCAGUUUUUACCAGCUCUUUCAGGCAGGGACCCCAGUUCCAGUGAGGCCCUCCCACCCUAGGCUCCAGCUCCGGAUAUUUGCUGGAAGGCACUGACCCCCCCCAACACCCGAACCCCCCCCCCCCCGCCUCCCUGUGGCCUGUGGUGGCCAUCCCUGUCUCCUUCCCCACCACGAACUGGGGGAAUCAAGUAGGUAGGGCGCCGGCAACCAGGGAGGGAGGGUGCGGCGCUCCUGCAGCUCCGCAGGGGUGGGGCGUCCCCCUCCCCACAUAGCCCCACCGUCAGGCCAGUGGGAGGAGCAGCCCAUGCCCCCCCUGAGCCCGCAGGGCUAUAAAGCCGCCUCGCAGCGGUUUGCGGCUCCUUCCCAGCGCCCGGACAAGCUCUGUCAGCGGUGACUCCCCAUCCUCGGCCGCCAUGAGCCACCCGUCGGGCCUCCGGUCCGGCGUCAGUUCCACCUACUACCGCCGCACCUUCGGGCCACCGCCCUCGCUGUCCCCGGGGGCCCUCUCCUACUCUUCCAGCUCCCGCUUCUCGAGCAGCCGCCUGCUGGGCUCGGCGUCCCCCGGCUCCUCCGUGCGCCUAGGCAGUUUCCGCAGUCCCCGGGCGGCCGCGGGCGCCCUCCUGCGCCUGCCCUCGGAGCGCCUCGACUUCUCCAUGGCCGAGGCCCUCAACCAGGAGUUCCUGGCCACGCGCAGCAACGAGAAGCAGGAGCUGCAGGAGCUCAACGACCGCUUCGCCAACUUCAUCGAGAAGGUGCGCUUCCUGGAGCAGCAGAACGCGGCCUUGCGCGGGGAGCUGAGCCAGGCCCGGGGCCAGGAGCCGGCGCGCGCCGACCAGCUGUGCCAGCAGGAGCUGCGCGAGCUGCGGAGGGAGCUAGAGCUGCUGGGCCGCGAGCGAGACCGGGUGCAGGUGGAGCGCGACGGGCUGGCGGAGGACCUGGCGGCGCUCAAGCAGAGGCUGGAGGAGGAGACUCGCAAGCGCGAGGAUGCGGAGCACAGCCUCGUGCUUUUCCGUAAGGACGUGGACGACGCCACCCUGUCCCGCCUGGAGCUAGAGCGCAAGAUUGAGUCUCUGAUGGAUGAGAUUGAGUUCCUCAAGAAGCUGCACGAGGAGGAGCUGAGAGACCUGCAGAUGAGCGUGGAGAGCCAGCAGGUGCAGCAGGUCGAGGUGGAGGCGACCGUGAAGCCCGAGCUGACGGCGGCGCUGAGGGACAUCCGUGCCCAGUACGAGAGCAUCGCAGCGAAGAACCUGCAAGAAGCAGAAGAGUGGUACAAGUCCAAGUACGCGGACCUGUCUGAUGCCGCCAACCGGAACCACGAGGCCCUGCGCCAGGCCAAGCAGGAGAUGAACGAGUCGCGACGCCAGAUCCAGAGCCUGACGUGCGAGGUGGAUGGGCUUCGCGGCACGAACGAGGCGCUGCUCAGACAGCUGCGGGAGCUGGAGGAGCAGUUUGCCCUGGAAGCCGGCGGGUACCAGGCGGGCACCGCACGGCUCGAGGAGGAGCUGCGGCAGCUAAAGGAGGAGAUGGCGCGACACCUGCGAGAGUACCAGGAGCUCCUCAACGUCAAGAUGGCCCUGGACAUCGAGAUCGCCACCUACCGGAAGCUACUUGAGGGCGAGGAGAGCCGGAUCUCCGUGCCAGUGCAUUCCUUUGCAUCCUUAAGUAUAAAGACGACUGUGCCUGAGGUGGAGCCUCCCCAGGAGAGCCACAGCCGGAAGAUGGUUCUGAUCAAGACCAUUGAGACCCGGGAUGGGGAGCAGGUGGUGACAGAGUCUCACAAGGAGCAGCGCAGUGAGCUGGACAAGUCUUCUACUCACAGCUACUGAACUUGUUGGUCCAGAGCUCCCUGACCCUGCCCUAGACCUCUAAGCCCCAAUCCUAACACCCGUCCCGAAUUAGUCUCCUCCCCCUCUGCAUGUGUCCACCAGAUGGCUCCAGUCACCCCUUCCCUGGCCGUGGCCAAACCCUACCCAGCACCACAGCUGGGCCUCUCCAUGCCCACAGAGACAUGAUCCAUAUGUUUCUCAUUUCUUAUCUUGGUAAGAGUCUAUAUGUUCCCCCAUUUCUUGUCCUGGUAAGAAUCUAUAUGUUCCCCCAUUUCUUGUCCUGGUAAGAGGCCAACCAUCCCCAGGAUGAGUCUACUCCUGCCACGACCCCAAGAUUAGUGGGUGGGUCAGGGUCUGAGUUUCACUUUUAAAUCAAAUAAAACUGCU